AUGCCAGGACGCACCUUGAUGCCGCUCCUCUCGCGGAGCUCAACUGCCUCGUCUCGACCUCCGCUCCAGACCCUUCGAGCUUGGAGAGCUUGUACCCAUCGCCCCCGGUCUUUAGUGUCGCCUGUUAUUCGUCGAUCGCUUUCGUCCCUACCGAACCUACCGCUCUUCCGUGCUCUUCACAACCACGAUCAGUCCAAUCUCGCCGUCGUUCACAGCGCGUCUGCUCGUUCCUUUACAUAUGGCAACUUGGUUGCGGAUGUACUGCAGGCGAAGGAAAAACUAGUUGAGUCUGCUGGGGGUAAACAAGAUGGCUUGUCUGGCGAGAGGGUCGCGUUUCUGGCUGAAAAUAGCUACGACUACGUAGUGACGCUUCUUUCUAUUCUUGCUAGCGAUGCGAUUGCCCUUCCGCUCUCCCCGGCCUUUCCCAUUGGCGAAUUGAAGUAUAUUAUGGAUAAUUCUCAGGCGAAGGUGCUGGUCGCUACGGAAAAGUAUGCGGGGAAAGCGCAGGACCUUCUCAAGGCGGACCUGGAUCGGACACCGGUCCUGGUUGUCAAGGAGAAGAUUAAAGUUGGCGCUCAUAAUUCGGGGUCUGUGUCAUUGGAGGAUCUCAAUGCGAAAUCUCGUGGUGGCAUGAUGCUCUACACUUCUGGCACCACCAAUAGACCGGCAAGACCUCUGCGUGUACUGAUCCCUCAGUCAGCGCUGACAGCACAAGCCGCAUCUCUCCUCGAAGCGUGGAAGUACACCCCUGAAGAUCGGUUGCUUCAUCUGCUUCCCCUGCACCACAUCCAUGGCACUGUCAAUGCAAUCGUCACUCCGAUCCUGGCAGGAUCCUCCAUUGAGUUCAUGUUUCCCUUCAACACCGAUGCUGUGUGGAAGAGGCUGGCAGCUCCAUUCCUACCGAAUCCUUCAACGACUGACAAGAUCACAUUCUUGACUGCCGUUCCCACCAUCUACAACCGGUUGCUGUCCUCGUUCCCGGGCUUAAGUCCCGAGAUUCAGGAGGCGGCACGGAAAGGCAUCUCGCCCGAAAGCAUGCGCCUCAACAUCUCCGGCUCCGCAGCCCUACCAACGCCAACCAAAAAGGCCUGGCAGGAUCUCAGCAAUGGGAACGUUCUUCUGGAACGCUACGGAAUGACCGAGGUCGGAAUGGCCAUCAGUUGUGGACUGGACUUUGCCGAUCGCGUUGAUGGUAGCGUUGGCUGGCCACUGCCAUACGUGGAGGCAAGACUGGUAGACACAGACACCAACGAGGUCAUCAAGGCCGGAGAAGAGCGCGACAACAACGGUCGAGAGCGUGAAGGCGAGAUCCAGCUUCGCGGUCCAACCAUCUUCCAAGAAUACUGGGCCAAUGACAAAGCCACCAAGGAGUCCUUCGUCCCCGGCGAGGACGGCAAAGGCGAAUGGUUCAAGACCGGAGAUGUCGCAACACGCCGUGUCGUCGACAACGCCGGCAAAGGGACCAGCGGUGAAUGGGCCCAAGGAUCCAUGUACUUUAUUCAAGGCCGUAGCAGUGUCGACAUUAUCAAGACCGGCGGCGAGAAAGUCAGUGCGCUGGAAGUCGAGCGGGAACUGCUUUCCCUUCCCCAGAUCGCUGAAGCAGCUGUCGUCGGCCUUCCCUCCGACCAAUGGGGUCAAAAAGUAGCCGCUAUUGUCGUUCUAAGACCCGAAGCAAAGACGGCCGGGCGCAACGGCAAGACAUGGGGUGCUUUGGACAUGCGUCGUGCCCUCAAGGACCGUCUCGCCAGUUACAAGAUGCCACAGGAAAUGAAGGUUCUGGAGGGGCCUAUACCGAGAAAUGCGAUGGGGAAGGUCAAUAAGAAGACGCUCGUGAAAGAGGUUUUUGGUAUCUAG